AUGCUUUCCAAGUUCGGAUUAGGCUCGCGAGCCGAUGUUGAAAAGGGCCCCGAGGUCGACAACCACUUGGCUUCCGAUAGCAACAGCAACGAGACACGCGACACCCGCAACGAUGGCGCGGUGCCCGGGGAAAGCUUUGUAUACGGCAAUUCGCUCUACGCCCGCCUGCAGCGCUUUGCCGGCAAGCUCAACAUCGAACAGCGUGGAAUCGAGCGCGUACCGGAGGACGAGCGAACCGAUACCUCUUACGUCAAUAUCGGCAGCAUGGUGGUGGGUCGUGCGGGAUCGAUGGAUCGAUGGACUCGGGAGAAGCCUUCCUCCGCGAAAAAACCUCACUCAGCUGACCAAGUUCUCUUCUCCCUGCUCCAGUGGCUAGCGGCCAACAUGGUCGUAAGCUCAUUUGCGAUCGGUGUCCUCGGCAAAUCGCUCUUCUAUCUGGGCUUCGUGGAUGCGAUUCUCGUCUGUCUGUUCUUCAACUUGCUCGGAGUCUUGACCGUGAGCUUCUUCUCUUGCUUUGGUCCGGCAUUUGGCUUGCGCCAGAUGGUGCUGUCUCGCUUCUGGUUUGGCUGGUUCCCCGUGAAGUUCAAGGAUUACCCCCAAACUGACCCUGGCACCCGUUUCUCUACAGUCGCCAUUCUGAACGUGCUCGCCUGCAUCGGCUGGUCCGCUGCGAAUGCGAUCGUGGGCGCACAACUGCUGAACGCCAUCGACGGCACCGUGCCCGGUUUCGCGGGCAUCCUCAUCAUCACCUUCUGUACCCUCUUCAUCACCUUUGCCGGCUACAAGGUCGUCCACAAGUACGAAAAGUACAGUUGGAUGCCCACUUUCGUGGUCUUCCUCAUCGUGCUGGGCACCUUUGCCCACUCGGGCGACUUUGUCAACAUCCCGAUGGGUGUGGGCACCUCCGAGCUCGGAGGCUGCCUUUCCUUUGGAUCGACCGUGUAUGGCUUCGCGACCGGCUGGACCAGUUACGCCGCCGACUACACCGUGUACCAGCCCUCCAACCGCAGCCGUCGCAAGGUCUUCGGGUCGACCUGGAUCGGUCUUAUUCUUCCCCUCCUCUUCACUGAGUUUCUGGGUAUCGCCGUCAUGACCGCUACUGCGCUGAAUGACGGACAUAAUAAAUACGCCGAUGGCUAUGCGGCCUCUGGAAACGGUGGCUUGAUUGCGGCCGUCCUCGAGCCCCUGGGUGGCUUUGGCAAGUUCUGUCUGGUCAUCCUGGCCCUGUCCAUCAUUGCCAACAACUGCCCCAACAUCUACUCGGUCUCCCUGACCCUCCAAAUUCUGAGCCGCUUCAGCCAGCGCGUGCCCCGCUUCAUCUGGACCUUGCUUGCCUCGUGCGUCUCCCUCGCCAUCGCCAUUCCCGGCUACUCCUCCUUUGAGACCGUUCUCGAGAACUUUAUGAACUUCAUCGCCUACUGGCUGGCGAUCUAUUCCGGCAUCGCCAUUGCCGAUCACUUUGUCUUCAAGCGGGGCUUUGGUGGCUAUCGUCCUGAAAUUUACGAUCAGCCCGACAAGUUGCCGCUGGGUAUCGCUGCUUCGAUCGCCUUUUGCUUUGGUGUUGCCGGAAUGGUGACCGGUAUGAGCCAGACAUGGUUCGUUGGACCCAUUGCCAAGCACGCCGGCGAGCUUCCGUUCGGCGGCGAUGUGGGCUUUGAGUGUGGCUUUGCCUUUUCAUUUGUUGUCUAUUGCGCGUUACGGCCGUUGGAACUUCAUUACUUCCGCCGCUUUGCACUCAAUCACCACCUUGUCCGAAAGACUCCCCCUUCGCCAACAACCACCGUCUUCCUUCCCCUUGUCAACUCCUCCUCCUCCAUUCCCCUCCACCCCCGAACUGCGUGCCGAUCCACUUGCGGUCGAGGAAACCCGUCGCCGACUUGCCAUAUGUAUCUCCGGCUGGAGAGUCACCGAAUGGAUCCCAUAGGCGUGGAAACAUUCGCGAAUAGUAACGGCCAAAUUGUCAAAAUCAACCACUGCAUGGCCGUCGAGAACAAUAUGCGCCGACGCAAGAGAUUUGGUCUGAUUGAGUUGCCAGAUGUGCAGUUCAUGCACGGCCAGGACACCGGGGAGACCCUCGAGAUCGUGCUUGACGUCGUCAUGGUCGACGCCUUGCGGGGCGCUCUGGAGGAGGAUCUGACCUGCGUGUUUGACUGGGGAGGAGAGGGGGGCAUGGCAUUAGCGCGCGAUUCAUCACUAGCCAUUGCAGUAGGCACACUCGUUAAGGGGGGGGGGCAGUACACUACACUAAACUACACUGCACUGUACAUAGCGAAUACACUCGGAAUCUCUGGACUUACUUAA